ACUAGAAGUAACCCACGUAGCCUCUGGUUACCACUUCUCGUCGAACGUUUGCAGAGUAAAGAGAUCCAUCAGUGACAUGUAGAUAUGGCGUAUUCUGGAUUUCCGACUGUACUGCUGUUGCUCGUUGUAGUUCUCUGCCACAUUCCUUUUUCGAUCUCAAGCAGUGGAUCUCUUCCUCUUGAGCGUCUUUGUAAGAUUAAAACGUUGGCUCUCUUUUUCGGCAGUAGCUGCAGCAAGUACAUCAAAACUGACGUCGAUUGUGAGGUGAGCGAAUGGACACUGUGGGUAGCGUCACCUGGUGGAUGUGAGAAGAGUAGACAAAGGAGUGUCAAAACAUUUGCACGAAACAGAGGAGCCGCAUGUCCCAACCUGACAGAAACGACUACAACGUGUACUAAUUUUACCAUUUCUGGUACUGAUAGAGUACAAGAAGCUCUAGAUAUAUUUCAGACCGGAUUGGGAGGCUUUGGAUCUGUCGGACCUGCAAUUUCUGUUCUUCCCAUUCCUGGCAGAACGAUUCCUGUCGACAACGAGACUUCAUCUUCAUCUGCGGAUAGCAACAAGACACGCAGAAGUUUGUCUGGAAAUCGAUCUAAUGUAACGCCUACGAAAACGCCCACUCCUUGUCCUCCUUACAGAGACAUUGUUCUUGUCGUGGACAGUUCAGGAAGUGUCGGACCCGCUAAGUUUAGAAAGGCUCUUGAAGAUCUCGGUCGUCUCAUUCCUUACCUUUGUGGCUUUCAGCCAGGAGUUAUCACUAGAUGUCAGUCAGUGCGUCUAGCUCUAGUUACUUACGGUAGUGAACCUCGACUAGUCUUUGAUCUGAAUCACUCCAAGACCAACCACGCAUACCAAAAAAAUGUGCAAAGUGAUAUUAACGACUUACCUCAAUAUUUAUUGGCGUUAAGAAGACGAACUGCUACAGGAGAUGCGCUGCAGUUUGUAGCAGAUCGUGUUCUACAGAGACAGCAUGGCAUGAGAAGCUACAGCAAUCGCACGAUUCUUCUUCUGACGGACGGAAAAUCGAACAAAGGAAGAAAUCCCGUUAACGUAUCAAAGAGCUUGUACAAUGAGUAUGAAGAUCUUUCAAUUGUAGCAUUGGGAAUCGGAAACAAAAUAGAUUUUAAAGAAUUGAAGAAUAUGACAAAUCAUCGCAACGAAUAUAAUCCGCUCGUCCUUCUUCUUCAUAGCCAGCAAGACUUUACAGAUAUUGUUGUCCAAAUCAUUUUAUCACUACAACAAGGACAGAGCAAAUGUGACGUGGACCUGUUGGCUAAAAAACGCAAGUGAUAGAGUAAUUAUAUCGUGCAGUUGCAGCGACUCUAGACAUUCUCUUGAACUAUGCGGCUAAACGUUUGUGCAUGACACGUACUGUUUACUAGGCACAAUAAACAGACGCCUGUUUUGCGUUUCUUUUUUUUUGUUUAUAUCAGUCUAGUGGUUGUCACUUGAUGUAUUGCAG